AUGGGGAUCCCAAACAGAACAAAAGGAUUCCACCAUGGACACUUGCUCGCUAGCUCUGCGCAGGCUGCCCUCACGAACAAACCUCAAGGAGCCAAAUCAAUGACAAGCAACGAUCAAUAUGUCCUGGUGACUGGCGCAAACAGCGGCCUAGGCCUGGGAACCUGCUGUCGUCUGAUCGACGAGUAUCUUGCCUCUCACCCCCGCGACCAUGGCGCUCUGACCAUCAUAUUCACGACUCGGAGCGUCCAAAAGGGUGCCGAGACUCUUUCGACCCUCGAGAAGCACCUCGCCAGACAUGGCCGUGCCCCCGCCUCUGGUCGCAAGAUCUUCUUCCAACCCGAGAAUGUCGAGUUGACGAGCCUUCUCUCCAUCCGCGCCCUCAGCCGCAAACUCCUCGCCUCAGACCUGCCUCAUCUAAACGCAAUAGUCCUUAAUGCUGGUAUAGGAGGAUGGUCCGGCCUGGACUGGCCCCUGACGCUCUGGACGGUUUUGACAAGCAUCAGACAGGCCACAACAUGGCCGACGUUCAAACUUGGUCUCGUCGGACUGGUGACAAAACCACAGUUCUCACAGGGGACUUGUGCCGGUGAGGAACCGAUACUGGGAGAGGUCUUCUGCGCCAACGUAUUUGGACAUUACAUGCUGGUCCAUUGGCUCAUGCCGCUAUUCCGCGCAUGCGCACCAGAGUCCCGCGGCAAGAUCAUCUGGUCGACCUCCAUCGAGGCGGUCGGAUGGCACUACAACCCGGAGGACCAUCAGGGGUUGAAAUCAGACACAGCAUACGAACACACUAAGCGCAUAGGAGACUUGUUGGCGCUCAGUGCGGUCAAUCAGCCGGCGACCGCCAAACAAGUCAAGGAAUACACCACGCCUUCUUACACCAUGGCAUCCGCACGGGGGCGGCCAGAUCAAUCUGAGCCGACCUUCCACGUGUCGCACCCAGGGAUCUGCACCACCACCAUCAUCAGCCUCUGCUGGAUCGUGCACGAGUGCUAUCGGCUCGGCAUCUAUCUGGCCCGCUGGUGCGGCUCGCCUUGGGCAAACGUGACCAGCUACCUAGGGGCCGCGUCGGCCUCCUGGCUCGCUCUCGCAUCCCUAGCAGCCAUUACAGGCAAAGCGAUUCAAGCCACCGGCGACGAAUACAGCGGGCCAUGUAAAUGGGGGUCGUCGACCGACCGCCUGGGCCGUUCUCACGUUCGCGUCACCGACGUCCCGGGCUGGGGCCUCAACGGCAGCGGCAAGCCUUUCAAGGAUAAAUGGUGGGGUGGGAGUCUUGGGAGAAAGACCGGUUCCGCCGACGCCACGAAGGACGACGUCGAAAACUUUGUCGCCCAAGGAGCACAGGUGUGGAACAGGAUGGAGACAUUGCGGAAAGACUGGGAGGCGAGGAUCGAAAGGUAUGAAGCAGACCAUGCAACGGGGAGCAAUGGACAUGGAAUGAAGAAAAAAUAA